AUGGAGUCUAACUCGCGCCCGCCUGAGGAUGGCCUUCCGGGCCUUGAACAAGGGUCCUAUACUUCUGAGAAGCUACGUCACGCUUCCCCGGGCCACCUCCACAUAACCAACAAGCGACUCUUCAUCGGACCCAUACCCAAAAACUGGCUACAGAGUCAUCGCAAGUCCUGGUACAAAACACGAUUUAGUUUCAGAAACUACAGGUCGAAGGCCAUUACCUUCUCUGCAGAGUCGGACUACGCCCAAGAGACGGAAGCACCACAACCUGGCCCUCCACCGAUCGAACCAGAAGAGUAUGGACCGGAUACCGAGCAAGAAUAUGACAGCGGCCAGGAAGCUUCGCGGCCCCAACAGGAUCUCAGGACCCUGACCCACGAGUACGAGGAAGAUGAUGAGCCACCGUCUCCGCUGCUCAUGCGCGAUGGCGAAACGCCAGGUACUACCAAAGGUGACUCAAGGUCGGCAUAUUUUACAGCGCGAGAACCGACUCCAAGUCUUUCUAGCAUAACCCAAAUUCCAUCAAUUAAACCCGGAGAACAACCGGACUCGAGAUUACUACGAGUGUCACAAAGCGAGCAGGGCCGAAGUGUCCCUAGUCACCUUAAUGUUAAUCAGGUAUCCCCGUCAGCAACCCCCAGUGAGGCUGGCUCGACGGUACCAUUGCUAAGCAAAGACAAGGGGAAGCAACGCAGCGUUCAACCUCCUGUCCUUCAACAACAAGAGCCCGAACGUGUGGUUUCCAGAGAAGGAGAGCAUGGUCCGCGGCAUAGGCGACAGGACACACGUCUUUCACACAUUGCCAACCGACUCACUCUCAAUGACAAUCUACAUAACAAGCAACAGCGGAUUACGUCCAAGAUAUCGGGGACAAGGCACAGGGCUCAGCAAAAAGCUCAGCAGAAAGUCCCAGUCUGGCUUUCUCGGCGCAAGAUUGAAGAAGGGGAAGUCAUCAAAGCUGAAAGGAUGCUAGUUCGCGUCGAGGAGACGUUGCAUGAUGAUUUACCGGACGAUUACAACGAGUUCGACAGCCUACGGAUGGAAACACGCGUGCAAGAUAACUGGAGGGAGUUUCUAGUGGUUUGCCGUGCAACAUCGGACAAAGAAGCUCCAUUUACCUUGCAGUUGUACAAGACGCGCGUGGUGCCCAAGAUACAGGAAAGCGGAAAGGCCUCACCUUAUCAUGAAAUUGCCCUCGGCCGAAGGUCUGCGAAAAUGAACCUCUACUCGUCCCUGGAUAAGACAAUCGCGGUGUGGCAGAAAUCUAAGCGGGGAACGAACAUUUACAUAUUGCGACCCAAGUCCACUGCCCACGCUGUUGAGUGGUACACUUUCAUUGCAUACACUUUGGGGAGAGGCCGUACCCUUGAGCUCGGGGUCAAUGUUCCGGACCUUGCGGUCUCCCUUAUAUUCAACAAUCCAUUCCGAGAGAUUGAAGCUAGCAAAAGACGUGACAGCAUAUCGAAACUCGCGGACGAAUCUGCAUACUUGCGGAUUAUACAAGGGUGUAUGAAAAUGCUAGAAAAUCGUCCAGAGUGGGCUGCAGUCAUGAAUGAAUGGACGAAUAUGGAGGCCAUGGGCCUUGCCUGGAAACGAUAUGAUCGCCUCGAAUGGGUAUAUGGCGCUAACGAGGAGGAAAUGUACGGAUCUAUCGCAAUGCAGGGGACACAUGACCUAGAGCUACGCCCAAAGCAACACUACGAUACCUUUGUUAGACAUGGGUCAAGGAAGGAAGAAGAACCAGCGCCUGUUGAAGGUUUCUUGAUUCGACUCACCUCUCAAACAGGCGCACAUCAACGGAUGAACAGGAUGUUCUCCAAACGUCUCUACUUCUUUUCCCAAGAUCAAUAUCUCUUCUUCUGCAAGCCUUCGCAAGUCCUACCGCCUGCACCUCCUAGAUUAUGCGCGCCAGAUUCCGGUAUCCCUUCGACUGAGGAAAUAUUAGACAGAACGCCCCUUUCCUAUGAGGUUGACCCGUUUCCGUUUCAAGAUGGAGAAAUAUCAUGGCUAUCUAAUGGAAAUGCGGAACACCUGAAACGGCGCGAUGAGGAAGCAUAUGCACAGUCGCAGCGAAACGUCCACAACCUUACUAGUGCGGAGGGAUUCAUUAAUCUAUGCCUAGUGCAGCAGGUUCGCCAAAUUCAGGAGGACUCGUCCACUACGUCAAAUGCCAAUACCCAGAGAAACCGGGCGACAGGAGCCACUGAGACGAACAAUAUGCCGCAGGGCGGAAGUGCAACUGAUCAGCCUCUCGAAGAUGCCGGCUUUGAAAUGCUUCUGGACAACGGCCUUGUCGUCAGGUUUCAGGCCUACAACAGUGCCACCAGGGAUGCGUGGUUGAAUAGAUUGGAAGAACUAGUAAAGUACUGGAAAGCCCGAACGGCGGCUGACUCUGCCGAGCUCAAAGAUUUACGACAGAGGAACCUAGAAAUUCUCGGUAUCGACGAGGGACUGGAGUCUGUUAUAGGGCAGUACGCAAGGAAGUGGGAAGUAAAAAAGGCUGAGGCAUCGCCCCUCCUCCACAACAUGUGUUCCCUACUUGGCUGUCGCACAAUCAAGAUGUCGGGUCAACUUCACAAGAAACCUCGCCGUCACGCAUCCUUCAAACGCUUUAACGUUAUUCUCGCAGCUGGCAAACUCCUCGUCUAUCACAGUUCCCUCCGAAAGCAGAACGGUGCUGAAAUACCUCACAUCCACUCCCAUAUCGAGUCUACCAUUGAUCUCGAAAACUGCUACAUCUACUCAGGUAUUCUAACAGAAAACGACCUGCUCUACUCAAACCAGACGUUCGAUAGCAAUCACCCCGGUCACGGCGCGUUGCCACGGGCAUAUCUCUCGUCGGAUAUGUACACGAGUACUGACGAGGACACAGCUAUCACAUUUGUGAUCUGGCAGCCUCUCCGGAAAGGACUGUUUCGUGCGAGUGAGUCCAGUGAGAAAGGAAGGACGCGACAAACAUUAAAGUCUGUUUCGAAGCUGGGUGUGCAUGGACGGACGAUUGUGUUCAAGGCGCGGAGUAGGGUAGAAAAAGAUAGGUGGGUUCUGAGUAUUGCUUCAGAGAUUGAUCGGUUGCAGGAGGGGCAGGCGGAGGAUGUCAGGUUGACUUCGUCUUAA